AUGGAUCCCAACCAAGAUGGCCAGCCGCCCGAGGCGCCUGAUACGGCCAAGAUGAACGAGAUCCGAUUGCGCCGCCUAGCCAAGCUCGGCUCUACCUCCAGAACCUCCCCCAAGCCCGAGGGCAGCCCAUCGUCGCCGAACCCCGGAGCAUCAGGCGCCUCAACACCGACCGAAGAGAAGCCAAAGUCCCCCUUGGAUGCGCCGCGAAAGAUCAACAUCACACCGUCCGCAACACCGAAGCCCGUUGUUUCCAACGAGAACGCACAGAAGCGAGCCGCUAAGAGCGAAACUACACCAGCGCCCGUCUCGAAGCGACCGACUGUUGUGCAAGAAGAGUCCAUCGAUGACUUCGCCGACCGAACCCUCACCCAGAUCUUCCGCGUCACCGUCGACCCCCAGCGGCUGACCGAUAUUCAUGGCCACAAGUUGACGUUUCUGCCGGGCGCGAGCGCCGAAUUGGUCGACGCGGGAUCUCCCCUGAAGCUUACUUCUGGCGUUCUCGACAGUGCGCUGCUGGAGUGGCUGUCGUCUCUGCCACCUCAGAAGCCUAUCCUCGGCUUCAUGCUCCCCUGCUUUAAGCGCAUUCUCCGCCUGUACAACAUGGUCAAGGAUACGGCCAAGGACAAGAGAGAGGUGUUGGACGAGGCCAAGAGACUGUGUAUCAGUAACAUCUUGUUUGCCUUGACGAUCCCGGAUUUGUUUGGACGGCCACAACCUGACAACUUGGCACCAUUCCUUCUUAAGGGCCAUGAUCAGGACGAUGGCGUAUGCUUGAACUUUUUGCAAGAGGCUGUCAAGCGCUUUGACGAGGAUGAGCAAUUACCCGAGAUUUUCGCCAGCGCCAUCCACGUGCUUAGCACCAGAUUGGCGGAGAUAUCUAUGGACGGCGACUACAAGCCGUACAUCAAUGCAUUGAUGACUUACACCAAGUUCCCGCCUCUUCUCAACGCCCUUGCAAAGCAUCCAAACUUCUUGACGGAACAGAGGUCAGGUCCGCUCGUCGAGAAGGCUACUAUUCUGGGCCCUUUCUUCCGCAUCUCUCCCCUGCAAACCGACGUCACCCUGACCUACUUCCCGAAUCCCCGAGGCUUGGAUAGGCAGAGAGCAGCUCAACCACAAGAAGCACUGAGAGCCAUCCUGAGAGUCCACCAAGACGAGUUGUUCACAAUCGCCAACGCCUUCAUUCGUGCCGACACCGAGACCAGAAGCCGGGCCCUCGAUUGGUUCGCAUCUGCCAUCAAUUCCAACCAGAAGCGCAGGGCUCUCCAGGUUGACCCCAAGGAGGUUUCGUCGGACGGUUUCAUGAUGAACCUGACUGUCAUCCUCGAUCGCUUCUGUUCUCCUUUCAUGGAUACCACGUUCUCCAAGGUCGACAGAAUCGAAGUUGAGUACUUCCGUCGGAACCCUCGUGUUGACAUCAAGGAGGAGACGAAGUUGAACGCCGAUCAAGCGACAUCGGAUGCGUUCUACGCUAAGAAGGCUGACGGCACCAACAACUUCAUCUCAGAGGUGUUCUUCCUCACCCUAGCCGCACACCACUACGGCAGUGAGGCUACCAACGCAAAGGUCAAGAACUUGGACCGCGACAUCAAGUACUACGAAAAGGCCGUGGCUCAGAUGGAGGCUGAACGACACAAGCUUGCGAACAACCCAGCUCAAGUUGCCAUGUUUGAGGUCACUCUCAAGCGUCACACUCAGGUUCUUGAGAAGGCGAUCGCCAUGAAGUACGCCAUUGAGGGCGUCUUCUUUGACGAGAAAAUGCAGGAACUGUCUCUACGCUUCAUGCGUUACGUCGCUGUUUGGCUGCUUCGUCUUGCCAGCCAGUCUGACUACACUCCAGAGAAGGAUCUCAAGUUGCCCCUCCCUAGUGAGGCGCCGGCGGCAGUGGCUUGCUUACCCGAAUACGCUCUCCAAGACAUUGUGGACAACUUCAAGUUCGUGUUCAAGUACAUUCCUCAGAUCAUGCCAUCAGCCGUUGGCAAUGAGAUGAUCGCUCUAUGUGUCGCCUUCCUCCGUUCGUCCGAGUACAUCAAGAACCCGUACCUCAAGUCAUCCUUGGUAACACUGCUCUUCUCCGGCACUUGGCCUUUCAUGCACUUCAAGAAGGGUGUUCUGGGUGACCAGCUCUACGGGUCCAAAUUCGCAAACGAACACCUGCUGCACGCCCUGAUGAAGUUCUACAUUGAGGCAGAGUCGACGGGUGCUCACACUCAGUUCUACGACAAGUUCAACAUUCGAUACGAGAUCUUCCAGGUCAUCAAGUGUGUGUGGGGCAACGAUGUGUACAAGCAGCAAUUGACCAGAGAGAGCAAGAACAACCGCCAGUUCUUUGUGCAAUUCGUGAACCUCUUGCUCAACGAUGCCACAUACGUCUUGGACGAAUCAUUGACCAAGUUCCCCAAGAUCCACGAACUCCAGCUUGAGUUGGAAUCCGACCCCACCAUGUCGGCCCAGGAUAGGCAAAAGAAGCAAGAAGAGUUGCAGGGCCUGGAGGGCCAGGCGACUUCUUACAUGCAGCUCGCAAACGAGACGUUGUCGAUGAUGAAGCUUUUCACGUCGGCUCUGGCCUCCGCUUUCACCAUGCCAGAGAUUGUGCAGCGUCUGGCCAGCAUGCUGAACUACAACCUGGAAACCCUUGCUGGCCCGAAGAUGAAACAGCUGAAGGUUAACGACCCUUCGAAGUACCAUUUCCAACCCCGAGUUCUCCUGUCCAGCUUCGUGGACAUCUACCUUAACCUUGCCAACUCGCAAGCCUUCAUCGACGCCGUUGCCAUGGACGGUCGUUCGUACAAGCCCGCGACUUUCGAUAUGGCGAGUUACAUUCUGUCCAAGCGAAACAUGAAGGACGUAACGGAGCUCGAGAAGUUCGAUAGGUUGAAGGAGAAGUUCAAGGAGGCGAAGGCAGUGGCCGAUCAAGCAGAGCUGGACCUCGGCGACAUCCCGCCCGAGUUCGAGGACCCCAUCAUGGGCGACCUCAUGAAGGAUCCGGUCAUCCUCCCUUCAAGCCACAUUGUGGACCGCUCGACGAUCGUCCAGCAUUUGCUGUCUGAUCCCAAGGAUCCCUUCACGCGACAGGCGAUGACGAUCGACGACGCCAUCCCGCACACGGAGUUGAAGGAGAAGAUUGAUGCCUGGAAGGCGGAGAAGAUCGCUGCGGCCAAGGCCAAGAUUGAGACCGAUGCUAUGGACACUACUGAGGGCUGA